AUGACCGCCCAGACUCUGCGAGAGAUCUCGGCGCAUAAUCUGCGAACCUUCAAGCGCCACUAUGUUUCUGAAAUCUCAGGCUCUUUGGGCGACCUUGGUACCUUUUUGCCCAUCGCCAUUGCACUCGCGGUGAAUGGCACGGUAUCGCUGGCGAGUACUUUGAUGUUCUCUGGGGUUUAUAAUAUUUUAACGGGUCUUUUCUUUGGAAUACCACUGCCGGUUCAGCCUAUGAAGGCGAUUGCAGCUGUAGCUAUUGCCCGCAAUUUCUCGAACGGGUCGAUCGCGGCAGCAGGUAUUUUUGUCGGUGCUUGUAUCUUGCUUUUCAGUAUCACUGGUCUCCUUCGCUGGUUUGCAAAUGCGAUCCCUGUCCCUGUGAUUAAGGGUAUCCAGGUCGGCGCGGGUCUGUCACUGAUCAUUUCAGCCUGUGGCGCUAUGCUCAAGCCGUUGGGCUGGAUCAGCCCAUCAUGGGCCGACAAUCGCAUCUGGGCCAUUGCUGCAUUUGUCGCCUUGAUCGUCACCAACGUUUAUCGGAAAGUACCAUAUGCACUGGCACUGUUUGCAGUGGGCCUCGUGUUUGCCAUCAUUCGUACUGUGCUGGCUGGCCACAUGCCCGGUUUCGAAAUCUGGCAUCCAUACAUUGUGAUCCCAACUCCUCAUCAGUGGCAAGUUGGUGCAUUGGAUGCUGGUGUUGGCCAGAUCCCUCUAACAACUCUCAACUCGAUUGUAGCUGUCGUGCACUUGUCCCAUGAUCUGCUGCCGAAUGUGCGGACUCCGUCGAUCACACACAUAGGUCUUAGUGUGGCUGCUAUGAACCUUCUCGGCUGCUGGUUUGGUGCCAUGCCUGUCUGCCACGGAUCCGGUGGUCUCGCAGCUCAAUACCGCUUUGGCGCACGCUCAGGCGCCAGUGUUGUUUUCCUCGGCGUACUGAAGCUCAUCAUCGGCUUGCUCUUCGGCGAAACUCUGGUUGAUCUUCUGAAGCGCUUCCCUGCUGCCUUCUUGGGCGUCAUGGUCGUUGCAGCGGGUCUGGAAUUGGUCGGGGUCGGUGAGAGUCUCAACACCACUGGCGCUCGGGAUCUGGACCAAGCGGAAAGUACUCUUGGGUCUGCGGGCCAACAUCUUGGUCCUGUGCUUACAGAUGAAGAGCGCAAGCGUCGCUGGACGGUCAUGAUGAUUACGGUCGGACUUCUGGUCGGGUUCAAGAAUGAUGCCGUUGGUUUCAUUGCCGGUAUGCUGUGCCAUUGGGCAUAUGAGAUUCCAAGCUGGUGGGAGAAGGGUCGCAAUCGCUGGUCGGAGGGACGUCUUCGUCUACGCUAG